GAUUGACGUUGAGGUGAAGUUGGGAACUUUAUUUAAUUAUCUAGACCCAUGGCAGUCACGGUCUAAGAUUUCAUACGAGGUACAGUAUUCUUAGCCGCCAUGUUUCUGUACUCUUGUUACCUGACCGUUGUUAAAAUUCCGAAUUAACACAAUAUCAAUGAUUAUCGUCUUAGAUAAGUCUGUUAAAAAGCUUAACAACAACCUUGUCCACCAUUGACUAAUUGUUGGGUGUUGGUCUUGGUACUCAGACUACCCUAGACAUCUGAUAUGGCAUCUCCCUACAAUCACCACAUUGAUGAGUUCCUUCUUAAUAUUUAAUGUACUGGUUGCUUGGCCCAUUUUCAUCUGCAAUUUGCCGUGACUUCCUAAUCUGUUUGCUCUCCUUUGUUGAGGUCACGCGACUUUGAUAUGUCAUGUGCCAGACCCAAGCUACCACUGGCGAUGGAGACGGACGGAACAAGCUCUCCCCGCUCGUGAACCCAUCCGGACGAGAGUGGUAAAGUUGGGAAAAGACAGUUUUUGAAGCACUCCCACAAGCUCUGGAACCAACUGUCACAACGCCCUGAAGCCAUUGUCACCUAUACACACCGAUUGAAACUGGCCCCAUUCCGGCGCCGGCCUCACUGCAUCAUCCGAUCGCUCGGCAUUCGUGGGUCCACCAGAAGUUUGAAUGGGCAAACAGGAUACCUAAACCCGUCGUCCCAUGACGUUUCAUUCACUGCCAAACGAGUCUGAGUCUCUCUGUGUGAUUCAGUAAUCAAAAACUCACCCGAUUUUGAGCCAAACGAGGUACAAACCUCAUCAACGGUUCACACCUGAAGACGCCUGUGCCUCAUACCAACGCUCAAUGUGCACGGGUGAGCUUUAAUUCCUCUCGUCGCAUCAUAAUCAUAUCAUCAAAAGACAACGUCAAAUUCGCAAUAUAAUCUCAACACAAGCGCUAUCGACGAAACAGAAAGAUCUUCUGCGACAGCUCUCACUACUCGAAAAGGCCCACAAAUCUUACCUGCAGCUUUGUUCUGACGACCGACUUAUACUGAGGUAGUACCUCUGGUAACCAUCACCGGCUCAGGACCCCUUCAGGGCUCACCUUUCAACGUGGCAACCGAAACUCAAACCCUCAUGGGAAGCAUGGAAAAGAAGAAGAACAAUGAAUUCGCUUCUGCCGCCAGAGAUAUGAUCUUCUCUGGCGGCGUGUUCGAAAACUUGGAGAACGACGAUUCUGAUGGCGCCAUCGACGACGGAGACGCAGAUGAGGACAUGGUCAAUUCAAAAAGGAACUUCUGUCAAAUGAGGAUCCAGAAGAGGAACUCAGAAGCUGGCCUUCUGAAGAAGGUCAUUCCUUUUCACUGGGCUCCUAUGCUCUCGCCCCUGACCGAGAACGAUAUCGACACAUGCGUUACUCUUGAAAAUGUCGCACUUUCAGAAGCGAGGUAUAGAUCAACACGUGAAAAGAUCGAAUAUCGUAUUCGUAAAUCAGGAGUCUGCUACGGCCUGUUCAAUACCGUGAGGCCAAGCGAUGUUAAGAAGAUCUCUCUCACAACCAUGCAACACAGCCGGCCCGUUGAGUCAGGACGAUGCGAUGGAGCCAAACAUGUCAUGUUUGCGCACGUCCUUGCUACACUUGGAACCCACCCAGUCGUAACUGAUGCCGAUAUGGCCAUGCCCGAGAACUGGAGAGACUCGAAAGCAAGCAAAGGCUCACCUCUAGGCCAUCAAUCUUCAGGGAGGACAAUCUGUCUCCAUUCGUUCAUCGUGUGCCCAGAGGUCCAGGGAGUUGGCAUCGGGAAAACAGUGAUGAAGUCAUAUCUCGAGCUUAUGAAUGCAUCUGGAAUGGCUGAUCGAGUUGCCAUAAUUUGCCAACCGGUAAGCAACCAUAGUUGACACCUAAAAUCUGCGUCAAGCUAACAUGUCAAAGUACGCGAUCCAAUUCUACAAGUGCUUUGGAUUCAAAGACCUUGGCCCAAGCACAGAAGCCCUUGCUGGUCAAGGCUGGCAUGCCAUGGUGCUUGAACUCCGUGGUCCUAAGAGAAAGACCAAGGAGGAGCCUACACGGAGGAACAAGGAAGGGGAUUCUCCAACAUCCAAGGCGAAGAAAUCGCCAUCAUAGACUUUUACAGGCUUGUUGCCAGCAUUUUUUGGCAGUUGAUCAAUGAGUCUCCUCUCAGGAAGCACCUGUUGCUUCAUCUCACUUCGCAUUACCAAGAUAUCACCAGAGUAGCCGCAUCAUCGACAAUAAUGAGAUAGCUGGUCUAUAAAACCCGCAUUUGCGUGUUGUGUUUCUUUUUCUUAAUUCCCAUUUCGUCUAUUUUGUGGCCCUUUGAUAUCAUAACCUCAUUCGUUCAACCCCAUUUUCUUUUCUUCCGUACGGUACUUAGUCGCUAGCCUUGUACUUGAGACGGUACUCCUCAGUUCGCUUGAUAUCGUCCUCUGAAGCAAAGCUCUUCAUCCCAGCAAUGAUAUCAUCGAGGGUCAGGAUAGCGAAGAUAGGAAUGCCAUACUCCUUUCGCAACUCGCCAAUGGCACUAGGGCCAGGCUUGGACUCAUCGCCAUCGGUAGCAGGGAGCUUCUCCAUGCGGUCGAGGGCAACGACAAUACCAACAACGAUACCACCCUCCUUUCGGAUCUUGUCAAUAGCCUCUCGCUUGGCAGUUCCAGCAGUGAUGACAUCGUCAACGAUGAGAAUCUUCUUUCCCUUCAAAGGCGCACCGACGAUGUUACCGCCCUCGCCGUGAUCCUUGGCCUCCUUGCGAUCGAAAGAGUAAGAAACACGGUCGAGGUUCUCAGGGGCGAUCUCGCCGAGCUUGACAGCAAUGGAGGAAGCAAGAGGAAUGCCCUUGUAAGCGGGACCAAAGAUGAUGUCGAAGUCAAGGCCGGUCUCUUGCUGAGCCUCAGAGAUAGACUUGGCAAAAGCAGUGGCAAUAGCGCCGGCGAGACGGGCAGUGUGGAAGAGGCCGGCGUUGAAGAAGUAGGGUGAGAUGCGCUUUGACUUGAGCUCGAAGCUGCCAAACUUGAGGAUCUCGCCAGCGAUGGCGGCCUCCAAGAAUUCUUGCUUGUAGGGGGCGAGUUGAGAAGACAUGAUUAUUUAUGUGGUUAUCUGAAUUGGGAUGAAGUCAAGAUUGGGAGUGAAUAUUUCUAAAGCAAAGUUUGCGAUCCCCUCUUGCAGGUCUCUCAGUGGUGUUGAGCCCGGAGCCGGCCUUGGACCCUUCGGGUGGUUCAAUGUAUGGCGGCGGGGUUGAGGUGGGGGGAGAUGCAGAU